AUGGACGCUUCGAGCAAGCCCCACCGCAUCCCCCCGGCGAUGGUGCUGUACGCCGAGAGGCACAACAUCUUCCAGCUCAUGCAGUGCCUGAUGGAGGUGCUCCUUGUGCACCGGCCGGAGGCGCCCGUCGACUUCAUGAUUGAGCACCUGAAGAAGGACAACGACGAGGUGCCCAGGGUCUUCGUGCUGGGCCCCCCCGCCUCGGGGAAGACCACCAUCGCCCGCUGGCUCUGCAAGCACCUCAGCGCAGUCUACCUCUGCCCCCAGCAGCUCGUCUCGCUCAAGCUGCUCAAACGGUCCACCGAGGCCAUGGCCCUGCAGGCCCGGGAGGAGCCGAUCCCCGACGAGCUGUGGGCCUCGCUGCUGGAGGAGCGCCUGAGCGACGUGGACUGCGUGAAGCUGGGCUGGGUGCUGGACGGCUUCCCCGAGACCCGGAAGCAGGCGCUGAGGCUGCAGGCCGCGGGCAUCGCCCCCCGGCACGUGGUUGUGCUGCGCGCCCCGGACGAGGUGCUGGUGGAGAGGAACCUGGGCAAGUGGGUGGACCCCUUCACCCAGGAGGUGUACCACACCACCUUCGACUGGCCCAUCGACUUCGCCGUGCAGAAGCGCCUGGUGCGGCCGGAGGGCACCUCUGUGCCGGCCACCGCCAGGCGCCUGCUGGACAGCCACCGCAACUUCCCCAGCAUCCUGCGGACCUACGAGGAGAACCACAAGCUCAUCGACGCAGACCAGCCCUGCGUGGACGUCUUCGCCCAGGCCCUGAACUUCGUGCAGAGCCGCGCGCGCUCGGACGCCCCCUUCGUCCCGCGGGUCCUGCUCCUGGGGCCGCCCGGCAGCGGCAAGAGCCUGCAGGCCGCCCUGCUGCACCAGAAGUACGGCCUGGUCAACAUCUUCUUCGGGGACCUGCUGCAGGAGCAGGCGGGCGCGGGCACGGCGCUGGGCGACCUCAUCAAGCCCUUCCUCGAGAGCGGCUUCCCGGUGAGCGACAGCAUCGUGCUGCGGGUGCUCAAGGAGCGGCUGGCCCGGGAGGACUGCCUGACCCACGGCUGGGUGCUCCACGGCUUCCCGCUCGACAUGGACCAGGCCGACAUCCUCCGGCACACGGGCUACGAGCCCAACCGGGUCUUCUUCCUCAGCGUGCCCACCGACGUGGCCAUGGGGCGCGUCUGCCAGCGUGCCACGGACCCCGUCUCGGGGGAGAGGUACCACGCAGUCUUCAGGCCCCCCACCGACGAGGCGGUGCACCAGCGCCUGCGCCGCAACCCCCGGGACGCUCCGCAGUGCGUGGAGGGGAAGGCGGACUUCUACGGCCGCCAGUUGGCCGAGCUGGAGGAGUACUACAGCGAUGCCAUCUGCCUCAACGCCGACCAGGACCCGUACACCAUCUUCGAGUACAUCGAGAGCUGCCUGGUCAAGCCGCUGCCAGUCACCAGCCGCUGA